UCGCAAUAAUAACAAGAUUUUUUAAAAGAAAUAAAUAUUGUUUUGAAAUACAUGGUGAUUCCAUAUAAGUUUGGGUGUGUGUAUUUGCACCUUGCCUUUUCUUUAGUUAUUAAACUCUUCAUAGAAAAGGUAUUAUUUUAGAUUAUUAAUUUCGGUUUACCUGUUGAAUAUAGAUAUUCAUAAUAUUUUAUUAUGUAAUCAUAUUUUCACAAAUAUUUGCUUCGCGUUAACUACUUCACUUUUUAAUAAUAAUCUUAUCAUUCGUUUAUUGUAUAAAUAAUCACUGGUGUAAAUAAAAAUCGUGUGAAGUAUUUAGUUAGUGUAUUAUUUCACGAAAACAAUGGAGUCCCCAGUGAUAACGGUAACAGAAGGUCAGCUAAGAGGUUAUCGCAGGAAGAAUUUAGACGGGAAAGAGUUCUAUGCAUUUUUGGGAGUUCCUUAUGCAAAACCACCUGUUGGGGAGCUGCGAUAUCAGGCACCGGAACCUGCAGAAAAAUGGAAUGGGGUUAGAGAUGCCACGGAAGAUGGUAAGCCAAGCUACCAAUGGGAUGGUCAAAAUAAUAAACUUAUCGGUUCUGAAGACUGUCUACACCUAGGUAUUCAUACAAAAACACUUCCAUCUGAAGACUCUUGCCUUAAACCAGUAAUGGUAUGGAUACAUGGUGGUGGAUUCGCCUUUGGUUCAAACAGUUCUACCGAAUAUGGACCCGAAUACCUGAUGCUUGAAGACAUAGUCUUGGUAUCUGUCAAUUAUCGUCUAGGAUUCCUAGGUUGUCUGCAUUUUGAAGAUACGUCCUUGAAUGUGCCCGGCAAUGCAUUACUUAAAGACCAACAACUAGCUUUGAAAUGGAUUCAAAAGAAUAUCCAUAAUUUUAACGGUGAUCCCAACAAUGUAACAAUCUUUGGAGAAAGCGCAGGAGGUGCUAGCGUUCAUUAUCAUGUUUUGAGUCCGUCGUCCAAAGGACUCUUCCAUAAAGCCGUUCUACAAAGCGGAGUCACCUUUUGCCCUUGGGCAAGAGUCACGGAACUAAACGUUGGUCUUCAAUUUGCGCAAAUUGUUGAUCAACACAUUCAAACUGAAAGAGAAGCACUAAAGAUGUUACGCAGCUUGACAGCCGAAGAACUAUUUGAGGCACAACGAAAGUUUAUCGCAAAAUAUGGAAGACAACUUAAAAUAGCUCCUAAAAUUGAAAAGCCAAACGAUUCAGCCAUUAUAACAUCCUUAUCCCAAGACAUAAUAGUUAAAGGUCAGUACAACAAGGUUCCAUUAAUGAUCGGCUUUAAUACUAUGGAGGGAAUAUUAUAUGGAAUAUAUCAACAAAGGGAAAAGGAACAAGGACUUAAACCAGAUUAUUUCAAUCUCGACAAGUAUGUACACCCACAUAUGUUGAUAGGAAAUGAUGACCCUAAGAGGAAGCUAAUUAAAGAGAAAGUCAGGAAGUUCUACUUUACUGAAAACACAGUGGAAAUGGCAAAUUAUCUAAUGUCCACUGAUGGUACCUAUACGGCCCCAGUAGUUGGAACUGCUAAACUUCAUGCAAAACUUCAAACCGAACCUGUUUAUUUAUAUUGUAUGAGUCUGGAUGCUGGAUUAAAUGUCCUUAAACGUUCCAGUGGUUUUACUCAUAUACCAGUAUUUUCAGGUGCUUGCCACGCCGACGAUCUAGGAUAUUUGUUCCAAGCGCCGCUUAAACCUAAUAACCUAGUCAGAGGGGAAACGGAACUUACAGCAAUUAGAAGAUUUGUUAAACUAUGGACUAAUUUUGCCAAAUACGGCAACCCAACUCCUCAAGGAAACGAUUUAAACCUAACCUGGAAUCCAGUUAACCAAGAAGAAGUAAAUUACCUGGAUAUCGGAGAAGAAUUAACUAUGAAGAUGAAUCCCGAGCCGGAAAGGUUGAAAUUGUGGAAGGAAAUAUUCCAGCUUAGUCCAUAUACUCAAUAUUACCUACAAUAAAGUAAUAAAACUCAAACUUAGAAUAUUGGAUAAAUAUGUUAAAAUUAUUUGAAAAUAAAAUAUUUGAUGAUUUUA